UUUUUCGUAAAUUUUAGAUAAAUUUUAGUCUGUUUAAAACUACUUGUGAACGAGAUAAACACGAAAUUGAGUUUUUUAGUAGAAGGUUUAGUUCCGUUUCCAGUGGACGAUUUUUUUCGUAAAAGUGUAAAAGUGAAUUUUAAGUUUUUUUUGUGUAAAAGUGAAUUUGUGCUAUAUAUAUUCUACAGAAUAUGGGACUUUGUUUACUCCAAUUGAUGAGAAAUAACGAUAACCUAGAUAAAAAUUUCCCCUACAAACUUGUCGAAUUUUAACUAAGUGAAAAUAACAGUGAUUUGAAGACGACUGUACUUUAUCUUGUAACCUGUUGAUCGAGAUUUCAACAUUAUUUGUUUAGUUUUAGUUAAUAAUCUUAUCUCUAUUAUUCUAUUUGUGUUUGUGUCAGAGAAAAUCAAUGCUUAAAACAUAUUGGCAUUUCAGUGAAAGUUGUUUAACAUAAAUAUUUUGGACCGUUGAAGCGAAAAGGCGAAAAACGUCGAUAUGCAAUGAAGUGAAGAUGAAGAAAUCAGUGCUGCUAAAUAAAUUGACGCCCCCGAAAGAGAAAAGCAAGAUGGAAGUGAGUUUGGAAGAAGCCCUGGAUUUGGCAGGUGCCGGUAAAUACCAAGUGUUCCACUGCGCCCUGAUGCUGACAACACUGUCGACGGCCGUUCUGGAGAUGAUUGGGAAUGCCUUCAUCCUGCCUGCUGCUGCUUGUGACCUGGAGUUGCCUGACACGCUAAAGGGGAUACUUAUUUCCAUGCCUAACAUAGGUGUGAUCCUAACAGCUCCGUUCUGGGGCCGCGCGGCCGACCACUUCGGCCGCAAGCCUGUGCUGCAGGUUUCGGCUGCGGCUUCGGGCGCCAUCAGCUUUGCGGCUGCCUUCAUGCCGAGUUUAGUCACGUUCGCGCUCUGCAAGUUCGCUGCGUCGCUGUUUCUAGCCUGUCCAUCCUCUCUCGGCUGGGCAUACGCCAGUGAGCUGGUGCCUCAACGUCGCAGAGACCUCGCACUCCUCAUCAUCAACGGUUGCCUCACAACCUCAUCUACGCUCAGUCCACUGCUAGCCUGGGGCAUCCUUCCUCUGAACCUGACCGGCACAAACAUUCGACCCUGGCGCCUCCUCACAGCUGCCUACGCGUUCCCCUUAGUUCUGGUGGCUUUAUGGCUGACCGUGGCCAAGGAAAGCCCGAAGUUCCUGAUGACUAAGGGCCGCCAACAGCAAGCUUUGGACGUGCUCAGCCAUGUUUACUCCGUGAAUACUGGGGCGCCACCUGAUAUGUACCCGGUAACAUCAAUCAAGAAAUCCGGUCAGCGAAGAGACUCGUCCUCAGAAGAAGGUUCCAGCUGUGAGCUUGCACCGAAGCCGAGAAACACCACCGUCUGGGCGUUGCUGCGGCCUCCACAUCUCAAGUGGCUAGCACUCACUGGGUUCCUCAUGUUUGGCCUCUUCUCACUGUUGAACGGUCUGUUCCUGUUCGCUCCCGACACCAUCAAUAAGGUGAUGCAAGGCGCUGCCGAAGAAGAAGGUACUCUGUGCCUGCUGAUGAACCAGUCUGACAAUCAGACAUCAUCCUCAACCUGCGUGGACAGCAUAUCCCAAAACACCUUUAUCAUAAUGGCAGUGACCACCGCCGUGUACGGAGUGGCCGUGAUGGCUGUAGGUCUGCUGCCAAUAUCUAAGAAGAACUUGCUAGUUGGCAUGUUCCUGUGUGUAGGCGUCACUUGUAUGUUAGCGGGACUGUUGAAAAAUAGGACUGUGGCAGGCGUGUUGAUGUCGGCCCUUCAAAUCACAGCCCUGGGAAUUGGGCCACUAACGGCGUAUACAGUUCAACUCUUCCCGACUAGUUUGAGAGGCACCGCGGUUGGCGCAGUCUUGAUGUGCGGACGGCUUGGCUCGGUGAUCGGAGCGAGCGCUGCCGGUGCGUUACUUGCCAUAGCGUGCGCGGCCACCUUCCACGGGUUCACUGCCUUGCUCUUCCUAUGUGCAGCUCUAAGCCUCCUCCUGCCAAAUGCCGAGAAAUCUCCUCCCAGUUCCUCCCAGUCCGAAGCCGAAGGCUGACCAUCGCUACAUCUAGCGGGUGUUAAAGAAACUUUAGCAGAAAGUGGAUAUACUAUGGCACAUCGCCCCAGUCAGUGGCAGCGGCAAAUUUUAAAAAUGGAGACGCAAAGAGAUGGCUCGCACAUAGACAGAAUAUACAGUAUUUUCUAAGCUGUUUUUAGAAGCUGAACACCACGAAGCUAUAAUGUUAUUUUGUUAAUAAUAAAGAAGAUAUUCAGUGUAGACCGUACAUUAAAUGCAUUAUUCAUAUGUAUAUCAGAUACUGUACAUUUAAGACAAUUUUGUUGUUAAGUAACACAUACUUAUCUACGAUUAGGUAUUGUAGGAAUUUCUGGGAAAUAACAGAUAUAUAUU